AUGGCUACUGAUCACAUUUCGAAGCCUACCGAGGCUGAUGCCCUGAUCCUCGAGGCGUGGGGCCAGGGUCUGAUGGUCGGAAGUCUACUCAUUAUGGCCGCUAUCACUCUCGCCAAUAUGAAGUCACACAUUCUCUUGCACAAGCUGAUCUUCGCUGAGCUCAUCCUGGCUAUGGCCCAUGGGACUUUCAUCUUCCCCCACGAGCCGGUAUAUGGCUGGUAUCUAUCCGUGACUGCGAUCGGUCUCAACAUCUCCUGGGCCCUGCACAACGUCAUCGCCUGGAUGAAGAAUCGCCCAUUCCUAUCCCGAAAGGUCUCGAUCAUGUACAUUACCACUGUUAUCCUCUGCUGGCCCUACUGGGGCCUCGAGAUCUAUGCGAACUUCACAUACUUCAACAACAUCAACAAGAUUUUCUUGAAGACUCGGCCAUUGGAACCAUUAUUUCGUGACCCGUGGUGGGUUUACACAACGGCCAGCCUAUUCUGGACGAUCAAGCGCGAAUACAACUUUGGAUUAUGGGAACUGGUGGUUGUCAGCCCACGCUUCGGAAUCAUGUUGGUGGCAAUGUGUUUGUCAAUCAUCUUCAUAAUUGUCGAUACCUGUAGCGUUCUGAACGCCUUUUCCAGCAUGCUCCCAACGGGCGUCGAGCCGUUCUGGAAACUAUCCUUCAUCUUCAAGUGUCUCUGCGACACGGUCAUUCUCGACGACUUCAAGACAGCCCUGGAUCACUUGCGCGCGCACUGGAUGCGCAAGAAGAACGACGAGUUGCUCGCCACCCCGCUCACCACCCCAAACUCCAGCCCUCGUGCAGACAGGAUACGCAGGGAUAUCGAGACUGCUGACUCACCUACUACUCCGACUACCCUGACUACCCCGACUACCCCUACAAAGGGAUAUUACGCCCAUGCGGUGCACAUGGACGACGUCUAA